UGAGCACGCACCUUCCUCAUUGCGCCUUUCUCAUAGUCAAAAGUGACAUCAACGUACGACAGCCUUGUUGGCAGCAUUCACCUUAUCAGCGGUGUGCCCGAGGUGUCUCGUCCCGUAAAAGGUAUAUAUAGGCCAGCGUGUGCGUGCAGGGAGACCACAGAAUUGGCGUUGAGUUCCCUUAGACAGGAUCGCAUUUAUCGGACGACAGUCUAACCAGUACCCUUAGUAUAUACAAGGAUUGACAAGGGAGCAGCUCCACGUCCAGACAUGAAGUUCUUGGUGUUGGUCGCCGUCUUCGGCUUCAUUUGCCUGGCUGUCACCACAGCAAAACAUACUGUUAAGAGACAAACUCCCGCCGAAGCCGCCGCCAAGACAGCUGCCACCGCAGCAGAAGCAGCACGCAAGACAGCGGCCGACGCCGCAGAAGCAGCCCGCAAGACAGCCGCCAACGCCGCAGAAGCAGCAAGUAAGACCCGUGGUAAGAGACAAACCCCCGCUGAGGCCGCCGCCAAGACAGCAGCCACCGCAGCAGAAGCAGCACGUAAGACAGCGGCCGACGCCGCAGAAGCAGCACGCAAGACAGCCGCCAAUGCCGCAGAAGCAGCAAGCAAGACCCGUGGUAAGAGAGAAACCCCCGCUGAGGCCGCUGCCAAGACAGCCGCCGACGCAAAAGCUGCAGCAGACAAGACAGCAGCCGAUGCCGCAGAAGCAGCACGCAAGACAGCCGCCGACGCCGCAGCAGCAGCACAUAAGACGGAAGGAGGCCGUGGUAAGAGAGAAACCCCCGCCGAGGCUGCGGCCAAGACAGCCGCCGACGCAAAAUUAGCAGCAGACAAGACAGCAGCCGAUGCCGCAGAAGCAGCAGCCAAGACAGCCGCCGGCCGCGCAGCAGCAGCACCUAGGACGGAAGGAGCCCGUGGUAAGAGAGAAACCCCCGCCGAGGCCGCCGCCAAGACAGCGGCCGACGCCGACGCGGCAGCAAAAAAGACUGCCGCCGACGCCGACGCAGCAGCAAAAAAGACCGCCGCCGACGCCGCAGCAGCAGCAGGCAGGACGGAAGGAAUCCGUGGUAAGAGAGAAACCCCCGCCGAGGCUGCUGCCAAGACAGCCGCCGACGCAAAAGCAGCCGCAGACAAGACAGCAGCCGAUGCCGCAGAAGCAGCAGCCAAGACAGCCGCCGGCCGCGCAGCAGCAGCUCCUAGGACUGAAGGAGCCCGUGGUAAGAGAGAAACCCCCGCCGAGGCUGCUGCCAAGACAGCCGCCGACGCAAAAGCAGCCGCAGACAAGACAGCAGCCGAUGCCGCAGAAGCAGCAGCCAAGACAGCCGCCGGCCGCGCAGCAGCAGCACCUAGGACGGAAGGAGCCCGUGGUAAGAGAGAAACCCCCGCCGAGGCUGCUGCCAAGACAGCCGCCGACGCAAAAGCAGCCGCAGACAAGACAGCAGCCGAUGCCGCAGAAGCCGCAGCCAAGACAGCCGCCGGCCGCGCAGCAGCAGCACCUAGGACGGAAGGAGCCCGUGGUAAGAGAGAAACCCCCGCCGAGGCCGCUGCAAAGACUGCCGCCGACGCAAAAGCAGCAGCAGACAAGACAGCAGCCGAUGCCGCAGAAGCAGCAGCCAAGACAGCCGCCGGCCGCGCAGCAGACGCACCUGAUACGGAAGGAGCCCGUGGUAAGAGAGAAACCCCCGCCGAGGCUGCUGCCAAGACAGCCGCCGACGCAAAAGCAGCCGCAGACAAGACAGCAGCCGAUGCCGCAGAAGCAGCAGCCAAGACAGCCGCCGGCCGCGCAGCAGCAGCCCCUAGGACUGACGGAGCCCGUGGUAAGAGAGAAACCCCCGCCGAGGCUGCUGCCAAGACAGCCGCCGACGCAAAAGCAGCCGCAGACAAGACAGCAGCCGAUGCCGCAGAAGCAGCAGCCAAGACAGCCGCCGGCCGCGCAGCAGCAGCACCUAGGACGGAAGGAGCCCGUGGUAAGAGAGAAACCCCCGCCGAGGCUGCUGCCAAGACAGCCGCCGACGCAAAAGCAGCCGCAGACAAGACAGCAGCCGAUGCCGCAGAAGCAGCAGCCAAGACAGCCGCCGGCCGCGCAGCAGCAGCACCUAGGACGGAAGGAGCCCGUGGUAAGAGAGAAACCCCCGCCGAGGCUGCUGCCAAGACAGCCGCCGACGCAAAAGCAGCCGCAGACAAGACAGCAGCCGAUGCCGCAGAAGCAGCAGCCAAGACAGCCGCCGGCCGCGCAGCAGCAGCACCUAGGACGGAAGGAGCCCGUGGUAAGAGAGAAACCCCCGCUGAGGCUGCUGCCAAGACAGCCGCUGACGCAAAAGCAGCAGCAGACAAGACAGCAGCCGAUGCCGCAGAAGCUGCAGCCAACACAGCCGCCGGCCGCGCAGCAGCAGCACCUAGGACGGAAGGAGCCCGUGGUAAGAGAGAAACCCCCGAGGAGGCCGCCGCCAAGACAGCCGCCGACGCAAAAGCAGCAGCAGACAAGACAGCAGCCGAUGCCGCAGAAGCAGCAGCCAAGACAGCCGCCGACGCCGAGGCAGCAGCAAACAAGACAGCCGCCGACGCCGCCGCAGCAGCAGGCAGGAGUAAGAGAGAAACCCCCGCCGAGGCCGCCGCCAAGACAGCGGCCGACGCCGACGCGGCAGCAAAAAAGACUGCCGCCGACGCCGACGCAGCAGCAAAAAAGACCGCCGCCGACGCCGCAGCAGCAGCAGGCAGGACGGAAGGAAUCCGUGGUAAGAGAGAAACCCCCGCCGAGGCCGCCGCCAAGACAGCGGCGGACGCCGACGCAGCAGCAAAAAAGACUGCCGCCGACGCCGACGCAGGCAGCAAAAAAGACCGCCGCCGACGCCGCAGCAGCAGCAGGUGA